UUGCGAGAGUCUCUUAAAGCCUUGGGAAGCGGCGCGAGAGCAUCGCCGAAGCAGUGUGGUGUAUAUUGAGCUCUGCAAAGUAUCAAGUAUUUCAGGGGAGUAAGAGUGGUGGGCCUCGAGAAGGGAGACAGUAGGGCUGUAGGCAACAUUUCCAACAGAAACAAACCAUUUUUUCUAGCAGUCCAGAUGCUUUAAAAGUUAGAUGGGAGUUCAGCUCCAGACUAGAAAGGAGCGCUCUUAAUUUGAGUUACUGUGGUUGUCUUAAUUAAAUGCUUAAGUAAUAGUGACUGGUUGUUUACACUCCAGCUACUUUAAACCCUGUGGAGAGUGUUUGUAUCAUUGUCUUGUUUUUGUUCUGGUCUCUGGGAAAAGCAGCGAUAUCUUGUGCAUAGUGACCGUCCUUGUUGGGAUAACGAGGGGAACAGCAAGCUUCCGACCUUUGCUGUUGUACCUUGUGGCAGGAACAAAAGCCUACAGAAUGUGGAUUAAGUAGAAAUAAUCCCAACAGGCUCGAGUACAAAGAAGCGAUGGGAAGAAAAGCUGCUGCUUAGGCAUCUGUAGAGGGUAUUAUCAGCCUUGAUAUAUUAGUGUUCAAGUCUCAAUCUUGGCCGCUGUCUCGUGUGCUUGGCAGUUUGGGUUUUAUGCUCGACUGCAGACUAUGAGUUGUUCUCCAAAGUUUUCUGUGUCCUUGGAUAAUACAGAGAUGAGAAUUUGGAAACAAGCAGAAAAUCCUGAGAGUAAACCUUUGAUAUAGUGUUACCUGAAGUGUUGAAUCCCUCUGGGCUGGAAGAGGGGCAGAACAAGAAGCUGUUUGCAGCUGGGUAAGUAGUGGUGUUGCUGGCGCAUGAGGAAGCGCAAGAGCCUGCACAGUUGGUCCCAGCGUGUCUCUGGCAGUGUGGUUGCUCUUGGGGUUGUCCAGAGACUCCAGCCGGGGUAAUGCCUAUGUGAAACAGCAGCUGUUCUUUAAGCAGAUGCUCUGAAAGAGCUCAGACUUGAGCUGCUCUCAGGUUGCUGUUUCUAUUAUUCACCGCAGUCUUUCAGGCAGUGUUCUUCGUUCUUGCUUUGGUGCUUACUGGCUUGCAGGUCUAAAACUUGGAACUCUGCUCUUACAAGAAAUGUUUGGGAUGUAUGCGAUGGUGCCAGCCAGAGUCCCUGUGAAGUGUGGGGAUAACAAUGAAGGAUAACGGUUCAACUGUUCUUUUUAUAUAUAUAACAAUGACCUAUUUUAUGAGAAAUGCAAUGUGAGAUUGGGAUAGGAGUGAUACUGGAGGACCAUAACGAAUAGUUUCUGUUUUAAGGCUUAAGCCGAAGCACUUUGGAUUCAACCACAACCCCCUUUAGGAAAUGCGUUACCUAUAAGUAGGACCCUGUUUGGAGUUGCUUUGGAUGGGAAAGCGAGGAAAAGGUUAAUUCACUCUCUUUUAUGGGUUUUCCCAUAUGAACUGUGUGAUGGACCCUACAGUGAGGGGGAAGGGGAAAUUGAAAGCUCUGCUUUAACCCUGAAGAUAAACAUUUUCUUACAGUGGAGGAAUGGUGGCUUAUUACUGCUUAUAAUGCAGAGGCCCAAAAACCAGGUAAUGCUUUACAGAACUGAACUACAUUCCAUAGUGAUGUCCCUGUUCAGCUGCAGAAAAUGAUGGACUUGCUUGUAGUCCAGAGCUGCUUGACCUUCUGAGAUGCUGAAGUGUCACUUCUGCCAAAGUGAACACUAUCUGCAGAUAGGAUGCAUUAGAUAUUCUGGCUAAUUGAAUGAUGUUAGCAUUAACUGAGUUGUACGUGCACUACCUGUGCCGAGCAAAUCUUGUGUUAUUUCUGCGCUACCAGUCCUGCUUCACAGCAGCCAGUGGGAACAACUUGGUCCUUCCGUUACGGCCUCUUGCUGUGUUUGUGGAGCUGCCAGCACAGCCCAUCUGUGUUAAGUAUCUUGUGUGUCGCCAGUACAGAGACUACUGGUUAAGCUUUUGCUAGCUAGCUAGGCUUUUUGAUACUCAGAUUCCACACCAGGAGGAAGUUGUACAUUGCUUUGGUGUUCUUGCUGUUCAGGCUUUAAAAAAAAAAAAAAAGGUGACGACUACAUCAGAGCUUGUUUAUAACAUGUACCUUGGUUAUUCCUGUACAGGUUGACUUUUGUCAUGUUACUCACUUAACUGCUUGCCUUCUAACUUUUGCAGAGUCUUGUAAGAAGUCAAAGUCAGUGGAUCUGAGCCGUUUCAAGUAUUGAAAAAGCAGAUUCUGUCAAAGGGAAAGGAUUAAAAUUGUUCUGAAGAGUAAAAUGCUUCUGUUAAUGAGAGGCUGUCUUAGAAUGGCAGAUACUCUGACAUCACAAAAGUCUUGUAGACCAGGAGAGCACCUAUGGAUGCUGUAGGGAAUUGGUGAUCUGACCUUGGUGUGCACGUGCGAGCACUACCUUGUACAGAGGGACUGCUUGGCAAGUAGAGACAGAGCUGUGUGAAAUCCCCGGUGGAUAUAGGUUUUUGCACGCGGUACUGCCUGCCACAGGUAAAGGUAGAACCUGCUGCCCGAGGAACAUGCAGCAGACUCAUGCCCACCUGAAUGCCUGCAUUCGACCUGUGCAGGUUGUUGGCAGCUGCUCGUCAGUGCUCUGGUCCUGCUGCUGAGGCGAGGCAGAGUCUGUUGAUUUGACUUGGGCCCCGAUUCAGUGUUGUUUGGCACUGCUCUGUUGAAAGUUACUACAAUUCAUAGUGAAGUGGCUGAGAUAAAUCACACUUUUGUAAUGAAGCCCUAACCUGCCUGUCACAGAAGGGCUCAGGGGCUUCAGGCAAUGAAACUUGCUAAAGUCGGAUUAAAAGCUUGUUCUGCUGUCAGGUUGCUGCUGUAAGUGAAAAUUAGGCUUAUAAUGAAGCUAAUGAUGUGGUCUCUGAGUAAAUUAGAGUUUGAUAACAGCUCAAAGUGGAGUAGGGAGGAAAGAUCAUGGAGUCUGAGCUGAAAGGACUUUGGAUAACCUUUGACUGGAGUCGUACAUCUAGUGUGUUGGUGUGAUUUGGGGAACUCUGCUGCCUACGAAGGUUUAUUAAAAUUGCUGGAACUGACUGCUAAAGGAUGCUGGCUUUUUACUCACUUCAUUGGCUUCUUGAUGUUGCCAGUUAUGUUGGUUAUUCUUACUAGAGGCUAGGCUGUAUGAGCAUUAACUUAAUCCAUAAAACUAGCCUUAUCUUCUGGCUGGAGUAGUUUUUACCAGGAACAUGUUAGUCUGGGGGAGGGAAUUGUUUAGAGGAAUAAAUUUGAACUUCUGUAAAAGUGUCUUUGGAGUUUAUAAUUAAAACUAAUUAUAACUUGAAACAUGGGCAGGGUGAAACUUCAAGGUAAGACUUGUGUGUGUUAGCAUUUUAAAAACUUCUGAUCUUUAUGCAGUUUGUGAACUCCUCGCUCAAGAUGUGUUUUAAAUGCAGUGUGCUAGCUGCUGGAGGCUGGCAAGGGUGUUGCAGCUGAUGGUAGCCCAGGUCUGAGUGCGACUGGUGGCACUGGCUUUCCCGUGUGCCGUGAGGCCUCUGGAAGCUGAUGCCUUCCAUGACUUGGGAAGCACAGUGAGAGGAUUUGAGGCAUAAGCACAUUCCAUCUUCCUUAAAGUGCUUUCCUGGAACCACUGAGUAGAGCUGCAUUUUGUUGGGAGCUGACAGACAUGAUUAAAUCUGCUUUUGGAGCCUAAAUGACAGUUUCUUGUGCAAGUUUUGUAGCUUUUAGGAUAUGUAAUGCAUAUGGAUGUAAUGGUGGUAGUUUCAUACAACUUGGCCUUUGGGUAAGACGCCUCAAACCGUGCUUUGUGCCAUGCUUCCGCUUCCUCAUUUUUGCGGAGGAACUAAUUAUAUUUUUAUCUGUAAGAUGGGUCAGGUUAAUGGUAUAAUCUUCAGCAGCGGGCCCAACCCCAAGGGUGUUUUGCUGUAGGGGGGAUGGCAGAAAUGUUAAGUUCUGUAAGUUGGCUUUCCAGCUGAAGGCGAGGUAGCCUUCUAGGAGCUGGAUAACUCAAACUUCAUCUAAAGGCUGCUUGAGCCUUUGCUUUUCCUAAAGCAAAACCUUCUGCAUGGAUCAGAAAAUGUCUCGAAUAGUAACCAGCUAUGGCUUUCUUCAGGGUUUGGUUUAAAAUCAGCAUUGUCAAGAUCAGACUUGAUCAUUGACUAGCAAGCCUUCCCAGCUUGCAGGGAAAUGGAGCAGGCCUUGCAGCUGAGGGUUUGAUACGUACAGUAGUGCCUGGUUUGUAGAUGAUGUCAAACCGAAUCCUGCUUGUAUUACGAGUUCCAGUUUUAUGUGAACUCCAGACUCAUUUGUUCUGAGUUACAAACCAGCUGGUUCUCAGUCUCCCUCAGCAACAUCUGGAAGCAAAGACCUCACUAGGUCUGGUGUUGUGCUAGCGGUACCUUGGAAACCGCGCAGGAGUGAGUUUUCAAAAGGCAAAGUAACCUCUCGGCAUGAUGCUGGAGUAGUGGAUGCUCCUCUCAGUUUGUACCUGGAUAAAUGCAGCUGUAUGUAGCUACUGUUCCUGUUUUUAAACUUGGCUCCGCAGGUCUGACAAGUGAGUAGUGGGAGUUGUACUAGCAUGUCAGCAGCUUGAAGAGAACGGUAUGUUAAAGCGAUCAUCUGUGCCCUGCCAGGAAAUCCGGUAAUGUGUUUGCCUCUGGUGUGCAGAGGCAACUGGCGGUCUACUGCAGCUGCUGGCUGUGCUCCAGAGGUGCCUUGUGGAGGUUAAACUAACGUGUUAUCAGAGCUGUUGUUCUGCAAAAGCUGGGAGGCUUUGUAUCACAGGGGCUUGAAUUGGGAGUUGUUGCUAAACUUUUCCAAGUGCAAGAAGCUUAUGCAUUGCUUUUUACACUGGUCUUUUGAUCUGUGAUGUUUCAAUCUGUGAAUAUAGUAGGGAAGGUGUAUGCUAGGUUCUUAAACAUAAUCCGUAGAAGGUUGUGGUCUUACAUGGAAAACAUGGAUUCUUACAAUUGUACUCUGAAGAAGUCUAGUGUUGUUGCAUCGUAUUUAUGCACAAAACAGGAGUGAAGGGGAUGAGAAGUGGUAAGGAAGAAAGGUUUAGAGGUGUUUGGGGUUUUUUUAAUAGAUGUGUUUGGGGUUUUGAGUACUGUAGCAUUAAAUUGUGUUUUCCGAAAGAUUAGAGUCCAAUAGCAUUUGGAAUUGGACUGUACUCUAUACAACUUUAGAAAGAAUAAGUGUAUUCAUGUUUUUGUUUUCAUGCCCAUGCUUCUGAAUUUGUGCAUGCGGAGACUCAGUUCAUUCUUUGUAGCCACGACUAGUCUGACCACGAAGAACGUGUGGCCUUUCGGGUGCCAGUGGAGUUGCGCGUAGGUGACUGCGUGUUCCUUUGCGGCUCUCACUGCAUGGGGUGGCUCUCAGCUUACUGAUGCUGAAGCAGAGCACAGUGCAGUCUGCUGCUCUAUUUUUUUUUUUCAGGCUGUCUAUCCGAAAACCUUUAGUGUAUGUGCACUUCUCCAUGGUGGAGCAGUAUUCUGUUGAUCAGGAUGAUACUCAGCAUACCUGAUGUUCCAGAGUUAAAGCAGAGAGGUGUACAGUGGGUGGUGUGAAGCGUGCUGGUGGGGUGACAGCGCAUUACUGAUCUUCUUGCUAGCUGAUACUUGCAACCAGGAGGGAAUCCUCACUUGGCUACUCUGACAUCAUGACUGAUAAUGCUGAAGGUCUUUCCUCCUUCAGAGGAUAUCUGGAGAUGUUCCCCACCUUCAGGAGGGAGCAGGCUCUUCAGCAGUUGCUGCAUGCUCAGUAUCUACUCCUGUCUGAGUCCAUGCUGAGCCACAAAGUGUGGGAGCAAGGUUUUCUUGGCUGAGCGCUGUAAGAAGCUCAGUAGGAGCACUAGGAAAGUCUCAGUAGGCUGUGGUGGCUGUGUGUGGAGGCUUUUGGCUGGGAUCUUUAGAGACUUGGAGCUGCUGAGGGCAAAAUCAAACUUGUGUAUGCUUUACAGCAGUCAGGGUAUGUGCAGCUUUGUUUCUCCACCGCAAGACUUCUGGGGGGGGACUCGAUACUGAGGGGGAAAUCCAAGUUUUACCUGUUUGAUGUAAUGUGACUUUCUUUUGUAACAGAAGAGGGUUUAGUUCAUGUUGGCCUCCCAAUUCGUGGGAAAUAGAAGCUGGAAGUCCCAGAGAUCGUCUAUUCAAGAGCUUAAAUAUGUAAAUAACAAAAGGCUGUUAAGCAACAAGCUUUUUCCAUUCCUGCAAUCAGCUUGUCUUGAUGAUUGUCCUUAGAUGUUUUGUCUAUCAAAAGCCUCAGAUAAGUCUGGUAUCUGCGACUCCAGUGUGGCCUGUUGCUGGUAACCCUUGCAGGCUGCGAGGGGAAAAGCUGAACACGCCGUGGGCCGGGAACAGCACGGGAAUGUUUCCUGAAUGCUAGAUUUAGUUGUCGACGUAAUGGUUGUCUGGUGUUUAUGUUUAGCUUUCUAGACUGAGCUAGCACAGAAAAAAGUUAGUAUGUUUGGGCCCAUCAUGCAAAGCAGGUCACUAGCUGAGCCAGAAAUAGAGCAGAGUUUGACUUAAAGCUGUGCUCUACUUGCACUUCCCACUAAAUGUCCACUUCCUGAGCAAAUGGCUAAUAUGAGUUACUGGUGACAAUGUGUGGACUCUCUUUCUCAUUUGGGCUGAAGCUUUGCUUCAAAUUGAAACUUGGUGUCAUUCAGAAAUAUUCUGAAUUACUCAACCUGCUCAGCCAGAGCAAUUGAGACUCAUAAUAGGAUUUCUUAAGAGAAAAAUUUGACUGACAUGGGUACUUGAAAAGUGAGGAUUUCCAUUCACGGGCUAGCAGUUUGAUAGGUACAGAGGCCUUGUGUUUUAUUCCACUUAACCAGCUAUAUUCACUGAUGCAUACAUCUGGAGAUGAAACAGGUUAUUGAAGUUUUGUAUAGUGCAAAAAGGCUAUUGUAGGUGUGAGAUGAUAAACUGGAUCGCUGUAGUUGGGGCAACCAGGGAGCUGUUACAAUACAGGGUAUAAAAUAAGGCCGGUACUGAGAGUCGUUGGAUUGAGGCCAUCUUAUCUCUCUGUGACCUAGACAUAGUGGAGUAUAUAAUUCCUUGAUAAUGCUUGGGAUUUCUAAGUUAUAUUAUCAAUGAAGGCAAACCUGACAGACCCUGUGACUUAACAGCAUAUGGAAACCUAGAGAAGAAACUGAUGUGUAUGCUAAAGAAGUUACCUGGAUUGAAGAUGCAACUUUGCUUUCUGGGGCCCUGGCUAUUAGUUUUGUGGUGUUGCCAUUCCUGUGGUUUCGGGAGACCCACUAAAUCCACUGAUGAGUUGAACGAUCUGGCACGUGAUCCUCCAGCACAGUGUUCAGCAGGGCCUGUUGGUGAUGACAUGUUCCAUUGGCAAGCUACAAUAAUGGGACCAAAUGACAGUCCCUAUCAAGGUGGAGUAUUUUUCUUGACAAUUCACUUCCCAACAGAUUAUCCCUUCAAACCACCUAAGGUUGCAUUUACAACAAGAAUCUAUCAUCCAAAUAUUAACAGUAAUGGCAGCAUUUGUCUUGAUAUUCUACGAUCACAGUGGUCCCCAGCACUAACUAUUUCAAAAGUACUUUUGUCCAUCUGUUCUCUGUUGUGUGAUCCCAAUCCAGAUGAUCCUUUAGUGCCUGAGAUUGCACGGAUCUACAAAACAGAUAGAGAAAAGUACAACAGAAUAGCUCGGGAAUGGACUCAGAAGUAUGCGAUGUAAUUAAAGAAAUUAUUGGAUAACCUCUACAAAUAAAGAUAGGGGAACUCUGAAAGAGAAAGUCCUUUUGAUUUCCAUUUGACUGCUUUCUAUGAGCCCACGCCUCAUCUUCCCCUGUGCACAUGUUUACCUGAUACAGCAGUGCUGCGUGUUGUACAUACUUGGAACAACAAAAUAGAAAUACUGUAUUUCCCCGUACCAACAUUGACUCCUAGCAAAGAAGUGUGUGUGUGAAAAGCUGGUUCUUCAGUCAUAACUUUGUGAGCCUAAAAGCAUUCCUUCUUGAUUUAAAUUGGGUAAUAAAAUGUGACUGGGAGAGUUACGGUAGAUCUUGUAUUUCUAGGGACAGUGUUGCUGAUCCGUGAAGGAUUUUAAGUGGAAUCCUUUUAAACUCAUAACAGUUAUGAAAAGCAAGGUGAAGAACUUGAAGCUGUUUCUGUAUUCAUUUUAUUCUGAAGGACCUACACCUUAGGUAAAUGUUAUGACCAAUGAGAUAAACUGUACCCACAUCCUGUGUUUAAGGUCUAAGUUUAACCGGUCAACAUUUAAAUGGAUUUGAGCUAUUAGUGCAUCAAGUGAUGUUGAUUUGUUUCAACUCUAUCCCCUCCUUCAUACUUUUUUUGGUUUGUAUGUGGUUUCUCAGUUAAUACAUAGCUAAUAGCUCUUAUUUUUCUUAAGUUUUUUUAACUGCUUAGGUCUUUCUGGAUGUAAGGGUGAAAAUCCAUUUGACAGAAAACUUGUGUAUAUUUAAAGACCCAACUGCUCCCCUGGAGCUUGUACGUUCAAGAAUGAUUAAUCUGUGUAAUAAACUGAUUACUACAGUCAUUACAUAUAACUUUGUGUGAAUAGGCUUUUAAUUUUAAGAGCAGUUUGUUACAGGCUAAAACUAAUGGUGGAUUUCUCAAACUUUUGCAUUCACGAAUGGUUGCAUUUGGAGGUCAUGAAGCAGUUGUGUUUGCAUCACACGAGGCUGUGCACCUGAACCAGACAAACAUAAGCUUAAGCACUUACAUGAAAUCAGGAUGUGUAGUGUGCCAGGAACUUGACUGUUAAACCAAAUAAGCAGUUUACUAAAUGAGAAUCUGAGUGACAUUUUACAAAGCCUAAUGGUAUUAUUCCCACUUGCAUGGGACCUAACACAAUGCGUAUGUACUGUAGGUAAGUGAAACCUUAUGUAACUAAAAUAAUGGAUGUAAAAGGGUAAAAAAGAAAAAACCUACCAAACACAUCAGCACAAACUUUCAUAAAAUGUAGCUUUUACAUAAUUACUUUGCACUAAACAUUUGCAAAUGUUCAUACAGUUUUAAAUUGUACUUGUAUGUGUCUUUUUUUUUUGGAACAAAGUCUUCACUUGAAUCUAGUGAAAAAUGUAGUUUGAAUUUUUCUUUGUAUACAAGUGUAUUUGCCAGCAUCGUUGGUGUGAAAUAGGUGAGUCUGCAAGUUUAUCUCCUCUUAGAAUUGUAAACAAAGCCAUCGACUAUGAAGGAGAGGCUGUAGCCUCCAGCUCUCCAGCCACAGGGGUCUGUCCCAUCCAUUUUCAAAUGCAUCUUUACACUCUUGCACAAACGAGGAAUAAAUGUCCACUGCUUUUGGUCUAAA